CCUUCACCAGCUUGAGCCUGCUACCUCACAUCACCGACGGUGGCAGCGAAUUGCCUAGUCAAUCCGACCCACGACACCCUUCUACUCUCCGCAAGGUGUGCCGACCAUGCUGGCGAGGUCCUGCCUGCGCUCGACGCGCGCGUUUGCCGGCCUGAAAAAUGGCGCCGUGCACAUUCCUAAGCGCGCCGCGUCUUCUUCGAGCUCCGGAGCUACUACCGAAUCGCCACUCCGGCUGAACAUCGCCGCCGCCGCCGCUACCGCCGCCGCCGCCGGCUCAAUUGCCUGGUACUACCAUCUCUACGGACCUACAGCGGAUGCCGCGACGCCUGCCGAGGAAGGUCUGCACCCCACAAAGUACCCCUGGGUUCAUCAGCAGUGGUUCAAGACCUUUGACCACCAGGCUCUCCGGAGAGGCUUCCAGGUUUACCGCGAAGUCUGCUCCUCGUGUCACUCGCUCAGCAGAGUGCCUUAUCGCGCGCUUGUUGGCAGCGUCUUGACCGUUGACGAGGCCAAGGCCCUGGCUGAGGAGAACGAGUAUGAUACCGAGCCCAACGAGCAAGGCGAGAUUGAGAAGCGCCCUGGCAAGCUGUCCGACUACCUCCCGGCCCCCUACCCGAACGAAGAGGCUGCCCGCUUUGCCAACAACGGUGCCCUCCCCCCCGAUCUCAGCUUGAUCGUCAAGGCCCGCCACGGCGGCUGCGACUACAUUUUCAGCCUCCUGACUGGUUACCCGGAUGAGCCUCCUGCCGGUGCCCAGGUCGGCGCUGGCCUCAACUUCAACCCUUACUUCCCUGGUACCGGUAUCGCCAUGGCUCGCGUCCUGUACGAUGGUCUCGUCGAGUACGAGGAUGGUACCCCUGCGACCACCUCGCAGAUGGCCAAGGAUGUCACCGAGUUCCUCAACUGGGCUGCUGAGCCCGAGAUGGACGACCGCAAGCGUAUGGGCAUGAAGGUUCUUGUUGCCACAUCGGUCCUGUUUGCACUGAGCGUCUGGGUUAAGAGGUACAAGUGGGCGUGGCUCAAGUCGAGGAAGAUCGUCUACGACCCGCCCAAGACGACCAACACCCCCCAGCGUCGUUGAAGGACAGGCUAAGCCGGAACACCGCAAGGCUUAACUGUUUUUUGUAUGUACCAUAUACUGCUAGGCUCUCCCAAUUUUCUCCAUCUGGUGUAGACGAAGAAAAGGAUGACGGGGAGCCUCCCGAACAAUGGGGGGAAGUGGACGUCGGGUAGAACAGGGGUUGAGGGGUGUAAAUCAAAUGUGUCGGUCUCAAUCUAGACAUUUUUCCUUGUUGUUAGAUCGAUAUUCC